UUCGCUUCCCUCUCGGCCUCUUCGAGCUCGGCGGACAGCCGGGCGGACACGCUGCAGCCAUGGCGCUCUACAACUUCAAGAAGAUCACGGUGGUCCCGUCCGCCAAGAACUUCAUCGAUCUGACGUUGUCCAAGACGCAGCGUAAGACUCCUACGGUCAUUCAUAAACAUUAUCAAAUCCACCGCAUUCGUCAUUUCUACAUGAGAAAAGUAAAAUACACGCAACAAAAUUACCACGACAGACUCACCCAGAUCAUAAUGGAUUUCCCAAAGCUGGAUGACAUCCAUCCCUUUUAUGCAGACUUGAUGAACGUCCUUUACGACAAAGAUCAUUACAAGUUGGCUUUGGGGCAGAUUAAUAUUGCCAAAAAUCUGAUUGACAAUGUUGCCAAAGAUUAUGUACGGCUGAUGAAAUACGGAGAUUCUCUUUACCGAUGCAAACAGUUGAAGCGUGCGGCACUGGGACGGAUGUGCACGAUCAUCAAAAGACAGAAGCAGAGUCUGGAAUACUUAGAACAAGUACGACAGCAUUUAUCUCGAUUGCCAACCAUUGAUCCUAACACACGGACGCUCUUAUUGUGUGGAUACCCGAAUGUUGGGAAAUCCAGCUUUAUAAAUAAGGUUACAAGAGCUGAUGUAGAAGUGCAGCCGUAUGCCUUUACCACAAAAUCUCUGUUUGUGGGGCACAUGGAUUACAAGUAUUUGCGCUGGCAGGUAGUAGAUACGCCUGGUAUUCUGGAUCAUCCCCUGGAAGAGAGAAACACCAUUGAGAUGCAGGCAAUAACGGCGCUUGCUCACCUUCGUGCAGCUGUGCUCUAUGUCAUGGAUAUAUCUGAACAGUGCGGGCACAGCCUGGAAGAACAGCUUGAACUUUUUGGGAAUAUUAAGCCACUGUUUGCUAACAAGCCUCUAAUAAUUGUAGCAAAUAAAUGUGAUGUGAAGAGGGUUUCUGAACUUUCUGAGGAAAACCAGAAAAUGUUCGCUGAUUUAGAAGCAGAUGGGCUUCCUGUAAUAGAGACAAGCACCCUAACUGAAGAAGGAGUGAUUCAAGUUAAAACAGAAGCCUGUGACAGAUUGCUGGCCCAUCGUGUCGAUACCAAAAUGAAAGGGAACAAGGUGAAUGAUGUACUGAACAGGCUGCAUUUAGCUGUUCCAGCCAAAAGAGACAACAAGGAAAGGCUGCCUUUUAUUCCUGAGGGUGUCUUGCUGCGCAAGAAACGCAUGGAAGUUGAUAUACCUAAAAAGAAACUGGAGAAAGAUCUUGAAAUGGAAAUGGGAGAGGACUACGUGUUGGAUCUUAAGAAAUACUGGGAUCUAAUGAACCCAUCUGAAAGAUAUGAUACGAUACCAGAGAUCUGGGAAGGUCAUAAUGUAGCUGAUUAUAUAGACCCAGAUAUCAUGAAGAAACUGGAACAGCUGGAGGAGGAAGAGGAACUGAGGCAAACAGCUGGUGAAUAUGACAGCGAUUCAGAAAGCGAAGACGAGGAAAUGAUGGGAAUCAGGCAAUUGGCACAACAGAUUCGAGAGAAAAAGAAACUGAAGAUCCUGGCAUCCAAAGAGAAAGAUACUCAGGGGCCCAAGAUGCCUAGAACUGCUAGAAAGGUUCAACGGAAGACAAUUGAGAAGGAGAUGACUGAUCUUGGGCUCGACAUGACUAGCAAAAAUGAUGCACAUUAUGUAACCCAGACAAGACAAUCCCGGAGUGUUACUCGCAAACGUAAACGAGAAGAAUCUGUACCACCCACAUCUGUGGCACGAAGUCGUAGCUCCUCCUGUACGCCUCGUGAUGUAUCUGGUCUUCGAGAUGUAAAGAUGGUGAAGAAAACUAAAACCAUGAUGAAGAAAGCUCAAAGGAAAAUGAAUCGGUUGGGCAAGAAAGGUGAGGCAGAUAGGCAUGUCUUUGACCUUAAGCCCAAACAUCUAUUUUCUGGCAAAAGGAAAUCUGGUACAAACCAGCGAAGAUGAAUGGCUCUAAGAAGACAAUAAAGAAAUGGCACCAUCUUUUAUUAAUGCAAAUUAAAAUAAUUUGUAAAACA